GUAUUAGAGAGCCGAUCUGAGAUCAAUUAAAGCCACUAAUUGGUUAAUUAAGCUUAUCUUUGAGUCACUCUAAUCGUUGAAGGCUCACUGUGAUUAACGGAUUCAACUCGACUAAUUCAGCUCGUUGACUGUGGAUCUCUGGCUUUGGUCAUUUCUUAGAGUUAUAUAACUACAAGAAAACAUAGCAAAUUCCGACGACCAUCGAUAUAUAUGGUCGGAAAGUUGAGUCAACUUCUAUAUUGGAGUCAUUGGUCAAAACAGAGACGCUGAUUGAGUCAUUAAGAAGCUGAAGCCACGGAGUAGUCAUAUAACUUCUUCUUUGAGCCACAAUGGUUGAAAGGUUGCCAUUGAUGUUCCUCCUUGUUUCAAGUUUAUUCGUCUCUGGAGUAAUGUCUAGAAACUUUACUAUAGAGAACAAAUGUGAUUACACUGUUUGGCCGGGAGUUCUAACCUCCAGUACCGUUCAGAUCUCCACCACCGGCUUUGCUCUCAAGAAAGGGGAGUCGCGUGUUGUCAAUGUGCCAUCGUCAUGGGCAGGUCGCUUUUGGGGUAGGUCACUCUGCUCCACCAGCUCAGCAGGGAAUUUCUCAUGUGCCACGGGAGACUGCGGCUCGGGUAAAAUCGAAUGCUUUGGAGCCGGAGCAAUUCCUCCAACUACACUAGCCGAGUUUACAUUAAACGGUUCAAACAGUCAAGACUUCUACGACAUAAGCGUGGUAGACGGUUACAACCUUCCUUUGGUUGUGGUCCCACAGCGUCCAGGGAGUGGCAGGGCAUGCCGGAUCGCUGGUUGCGUAGUCAACCUGAACAAGACAUGUCCAUCCGAGCUUAGGGUGAUGGGAAGCCACGACAAGGUACAACCCAUUGCUUGCAUGAACGCUUGCGAGAAAUUUGGGUUGCCGGAAUUCUGCUGCUCGGGUGAGUAUGGCACACCUGAUAAAUGCCAACCGUCACUUUACUCUAAGAAUUUCAAGAACGAGUGUCCACUGGCUUAUAGCUAUGCUUAUGACGAUACAACAAGCACCUUCAAAUGCUCCAACUCACCUAACUACAUCAUCACUUUUUGCCCGCCGAUUACUCCAGACCUCACCAACAACAACAUAAGCUCAGCUUCUCAACCCUUCAAGGAAACUAAUGGAGGAACAAAACAAAAAUCAUCAUGGAAGUUAAAACUCAUACUUGGAGUCUCAUCAGGAGCUCUAGCCAUCAUGAUCAUAAUCCUCGUCGUAAUUAUAUUGAGAACAAAGAAUGAGAAAGAGAGUGAUUGGAAUGACCAGAAUGUUGAAGCAGUUGUAAUGUUGAAACGAUAUAGUUAUACAAGAAUCAAGAAGAUGACAAACUCAUUUGCGCAUGUUCUUGGUAAAGGAGGAUUUGGAACUGUCUACAAAGGAAAGUUACCCGAUAGCGGUAGGGAUGUUGCAGUGAAAAUCUUGAAGGAAACAGAGGGGAAUGGAGAAGAAUUCAUCAAUGAAGUAGCUAGCAUGAGUAGAACAUCUCAUGUCAAUAUUGUUUCUCUCCUUGGAUUCUGUUAUGAAAGGAACAAUAGAGCUAUAAUCUACGAGUUCAUGCCGAAUGGAUCCCUCGACAAGUUUAUUUCUAAGAACAUGUCAACCAAGAUGGAUUGGGAAAGAUUAUAUGACAUUGCGGUAGGUAUCUCUCGCGGCCUAGAGUAUUUGCACAAUCGUUGUGUUACGAGGAUAGUGCAUUUCGACAUAAAGCCGCAGAACAUACUAAUGGACGAAAAUCUAUGCCCUAAGAUUUCAGAUUUCGGUCUUGCUAAACUUUGCAAAAACAAUGAGAGCAUCAUAUCAAUGCUACACAUGAGAGGGACCUAUGGAUACAUUCCUCCUGAAAUGUUUUCCAAGAAUUAUGGAGCUGUUUCGCAUAAGUCAGAUGUUUAUAGUUAUGGGAUGGUUGUUCUUGAGAUGAUUGGGGCAAAGAAUAUAGAAAGGGUUGAAUAUUCUGGAUCCAACAAUAGUUCAAAGUACUUUCCAGAUUGGGUCUAUAAAGAUUUUGAGAGGGGAGAUAUCUCAAGGACUUUUGGAGAUAGUGUAACUGAAGAAGAAGAGCAAAUUGCAAAGAAAUUGGUAUUGGUUGCUCUAUGGUGUAUCCAGAUGAAUCCAUCUGACCGUCCACCAAUGAUCAAAGUCAUUGAAAUGUUAGAGGGCAAUCUAGAAGCUCUCCAAGUUCCACCUAAUCCUUUCUUGCUUUCACCCGAGGUAACAGUUCGAGAAGCUCUUGAAGAUAGUAAUGAGACUUCAGCCUUCUUCAGCUCAAGUCAUUUUAAAAGAGGUACUCGCUUAUCUAGUGAAGAUGCUUCACACAUUUCCAAAGAAGUUUUUGUACAAACUGUUGAAGAGAGUCAACAUAGAUCGAUUUCUUAAAACUGUUCAAGAAGCUUGGAAGUGAGCAACGUUAAUUUAAAUUCCCCAAAACAAAGCAAUGAUAUCAACGUUAAUCUUUCAACUUCUAUAUAAG